GGCGGCGGGAUGCUGCUGCGGGCGGCGCGCGGCCUGGCGGGGCGGCGGCGGGCGGAGCACCUAGACGGCGCCAGGAGCCGCAGGCUGGUGUUCGGGGAGGGUGCUCUGCACCGGCACGCCACGAAAAUCUCCAGCCUUCGGAAACUUUCCGACAACACGACAAAGCCUGAUGGCAGCUCAGACGCGGGACCCGCCACCCCCCGGAAGGGUCCCCCCAAGUUCAAGCAGAGGCAGACGAGGCAGUUCAAGAGCAAGCCGCCCAAAAAGGGGGUGCAGGGGUUUGGCGACGACAUCCCCGGCAUGGAGGGGCUGGGAACAGACAUCACCGUGAUCUGCCCCUGGGAAGCCUUCAGCCACCUGGAGCUGCACGAGCUGGCGCAGUACGGCAUCAUCUAG